CACCCAUCAGAGUGCGGUCGAAUGUCCGCUGCAUACGCUAUGGAUCCGACCCCGCAAAUGCAACACGCACCGACACACCAUGAACCUCCACGCUUCGGUGGCGUGCAGAUCCACCAGGAGGGCUCGCGCUUUGGCGCUACCCAUGUUACGGGAGGAUACGUCUUCCAGGGCAAUUUCGUCGGCCUGACCAUAAACUCCGCCGCCGCUAGCCAGCGCGACUACACGGGCCAGUUCGCCCACUCGUCGCUCGAGCCCGUCAAGGCCUUCGUCGCGCGCGACGCCCUGCACGACCAGAUCCACACCCAACUCAACAGCCAUGCGGCUGAGGCAAGCACCACCACGCUCGUGGUGUGGGGACUCGGCGGGGCCGGGAAGACGCAGCUGGUGCUAGACUACGUGCAACGACACCGCACCGAGUACAAGGCCACGUUCUGGAUCGAGGUGGCCAGCAAAGAGUCGCUAGAACGCGACUUUAUCAACCUGUAUCGGAUGCUGUUCGGCCUGGCAACAUCCGCUGGAACGGAGACGAUCAGCAUCGACGAUGCGGUGACGGGGGUGAAGAGCUGGUUCUCUGGGCGACAGGGCCCGUGGCUGAUGGUGUUCGACGGCGCCGAUGCCAUUGAAGACAGCAAGGCCCACAAUUUCGUCAACAUUAAGCACUUCAUUCCAGACGUGGCAUCUCUGCAUGUUAUUAUGACGAGCCGAAGCAGCACGGCAGCAAACAUGACGCGGAUGGACGGGGUGCAGGUAGGCGAGAUGGAGGGUGCGCAAGCUGUUGAGCUCUUCUACCGAUACACUCGGCUCCCGCGCGAUAAUGUAAAGACUCAUGAAGAGGUUAAGGAGAUUGUUAAGGAGCUUGGGUGCCUGGCACUCGCGGUCACGCUAGCAGGCGCGUACGUGGGGACGACUCCGCGGCUGCAGUCCAACGUUAAAGCGUAUCGACCAGAAUACAGGCAGCGGCGGCGGGAGCUGCUCCAGCGAAAGCCUGAGAGCUUAGUGCAUCAGUACAGCGAGAGCGUGCUCACGACGUGGGAGACGUCGCAUCGAGCGGUCGCCGAACAAUGUUCAGAGGCAUCGGUGCUGAUGACGAUGCUGUCGUUCUUGAGUUUUGAUGAUAUCUUUCUUGGACUGUUUGUCUUUAACGGACAGGUGGAAAUGUCGAAUAAGGAAGAAGAUAUAAACUGGAGAAGGCUCAUCUCUCCUGUGCAACCACUGAACACGUAUAAAAUCGAAGAAUGUUUCCGGGUGCUGCAGAAAUACUCGCUGGUGCAAUGGAAGGCGGACCAACAGAGCUAUGGAAUGCACAAGCUGGUACAUGCGUGGGGGUGUGACAGGCUCACGAGAGAUGAACAGGCUAGAUAUAGCCGGGCGACGUUUGGACUCAUUGUAGAGGCAGUAGAGAUGGUGGAGAGCGGCAGGACAGCGCCAGAAGACAAGCUGCGGAUAGUGCCACACGUGAUGGUAAGCUUUGCAGCGUUAGGCAACCGAGGGAACAAAGUCUUGGAGGGUGUGAUAGAUGAAUUAGAAGUGGUAGGCUUAUUCCUUCACCAGAUUGGUAAGUGGAGGGAAGGGCUGGAAAUUCAAGAAGUUGUAUUAGAUGGGGAGAGGCGCAUCUUCGGCGAAGAGCAUCCUUCCACCAUUGCAGCGAUGAACAACUUCGCAGGCACCCUUCGAGACCAAGGCCAACUCGACGAGGCAGCUAAAAUGUUCGAGGAAGUGUUAGAUAAGACGAGGCGCAUUCUCGGAGAGGAGCAUUCAGACACUAUCGCAGCGAUGAACAACUUCGCAAGCACCCUUCGAGACCAAGGCCAGCUCGACGAGGCAGCCAAGAUUGAGAAGGAAGUGCUAAAGAAGAGGAGGCGCAUCCUUGGAGAGGAGCAUCCAGACACCAUCUCGGUGAUGAACAACCUCGCUAUUACACUCGGAGACCAAGGCCAGCUCGAUGAGGCAGCCAAAUUGAAGAAGGAAGUGCUAAAGAAGAUGAGGCGCAUCCUUGGAGAGGAGCAUCCUUCCACCAUCUCGGCGAUGAACAACCUCGCUGCCACACUCGGAGGACAGGGCCAUCUCGAUGAGGCAGCCAGCAUGAAGAGGGAAGUGGUAGAGAAGACGGGACGCAUUCUUGGGGAGGAGCAUCCUUUUACCAUCUCGGCGACGAACAACCUCGCUAACACACUCAGAGAUCAAGGCCAUAUCGACAAGGCCGCUGAGAUGAGGAAGGAAGUGCUAGAGAAGACGAGGCGCAUUCUCGGAGAGGAGCAUCCUUCCACCAUCUCGGCGAUGAACAACCUCGCUGCCACACUCGGAGACCAAGGCCAAAUCGACGAGGCAGCCGAGAUGAGGAAGGAAGUGCUAGAGAAGAGGAGACGCAUUCUCGGAGAGGAGCAUCCUUCCACCAUCUCGGCGAUGAACAACCUCGCCAACACACUCGGAGACCAAGGCCAUAUUGACAAGGCAGCUGAGAUGAGGAAGGAAGUGCUAGAGAAGAGGAGACGCAUUCUCGGAGAAGAGCAUCCUUCCACCAUCUCGGCGAUGAGCAACCUUGCUAUCACACUCAGAGAUCAAGGCCAUAUCGACAAGGCCGCUGAGAUGAGGAAGGAAGUGCUAGAGAAGAGGAGGCGCAUCCUCGGCGAGGAGCAUCCAGACACCAUCAUGGCGAUGAGCAACCUCGCUGCCACACUCGGAGAUCAAGGUCAUCUCGACGAGGCGGCCCAGAUGGACAAGGAAGUAGUAGAGAAGAGGAGGCGCAUCCUCGGCGAAGAGCAUCCAGAUACUAGAAUAGCAGAGGAGAAUCUAGCUAUUAUAGUACAGCGUCAAAGGUCAAAGCGAGGCAGGGCUGGCAAGUCAGCUAGAAAAAGAACAAAGUUCCUACAGCUUAUUGGUAUGCGACCGCGUAUCUAGGUUUCUUGCCAUUAAGCCCUACUACUAAAGAUUGCAGGGUAAGAACUAAUCUUAAGACGCGGUUAAUCAGUUCUUACAAUUUUCCCGUUUACUGUUACCUAUACUUUCAUUUACUAGAAAUGUACGUUAGGGGUCAUUAUAGUGCUUAGUUACCGAUUCGGCGACUCUAAAUUACAUUUAUCCCGCGCUCUAGUUCCAAUCCAGCGGAUUGGAUCAAUCUUCCUCCCAGCAAAUAAUCAUGGGUUCGGUGUCCCUUUUUUUGUACUUCAUUAUCAUCUAGCGUCGAUAAAGUUUCUAGGGGCAACAUCACUGUGACCACUGCUUGAUCUACAGAGAAAAUGCUGCGGACAACGAGGCACGGGAGGCUGUUCAUCAGGCCUACCACCUCCAUCUCGAUCAAGCUCAGCGCUGAGCCUGUCUCUCUCCGGGACACUCUUUAUCACCUGGUUUCCCGACGCGAUCGUCCUGUAGUGUACCACCACCUCUUCGCUAUCGCGUGUCUGCCUCGUGUCUGUCCGUGCUGCACGCAUCGCAUGUUUGCCGUCUCUCGUAGUCGUAAUUCGUUCGCCCGCAUUCAGGCCGCUGCAGCGAGACUAUCUGCU